UCGUGGUGGUCGUGGUGGGAAGUAGACUGUACUAGUAGUGCGUGCCGACACCGGAAGUUGACAUCGGCCUCUGACCCUCGACAAUUACAUGACAACUACAGCCCUCAACGCUAACCUUGACGGCCGCAGGCUUCUCUCCCAUUGGCCAGAUUCCUUAUCUUCAACUUCGUACACCAUUCUUUGAUCCUAACAUUCACUUCUGGCCACUCAAGUCCCUCGCCGUCUUGGACACUUUUCGCCGCCCAUCAUUUCUUUUCGAGAGCUUGAGCUCCAGCUACCGGCCGACAAAGGCCAUCUUUGAACAUCUAUAUAUUUCCUUUCCUCUUGCUCCUCCUUCUUCCAUUCUCCAUCACCUCUACUCUACCUCAAUUCAUUUUCAACCAACCCUUGAGCUCAAUUGAUCAAGGCGUCUAUACCUUCCUUCAUACAUUCACUUCCAAAAACAGACACCCAAAACCAACAACAGUCGCAAUGGCCGAGCCUGAGUUUGAGCAAGCCCACAAGGAGCUCGUCUCCACCCUUGAGAACUCCACUCUUUUCGAGAAGAUCCCCGAGUACAGGAAGGCCCUCGAGGUCGUCUCCAUUCCCGAGCGUGUCAUCCAGUUCCGCGUCGUCUGGGAGAACGACAAGGGCGAGUGCCAGGUCAACAAGGGAUACCGCGUCCAGUUCAACUCCGCCCUAGGCCCAUACAAGGGUGGUCUCCGAUUGCACCCUUCGGUCAACCUCUCCAUCCUCAAGUUCUUGGGUUUCGAGCAAAUCUUCAAGAAUGCGCUCACCGGCCUUAACAUGGGUGGUGGCAAGGGUGGAUCCGACUUCGACCCCAAGGGCAAGUCUGACAACGAGAUCCGCCGUUUCUGCGUCUCUUUCAUGAGGGAGCUCAGCAAGCACAUUGGUGCCGAUACUGAUGUCCCCGCUGGUGACAUUGGUGUUGGUGGCCGCGAGGUCGGCUACCUUUUCGGUGCUUACCGUGCCUUCCGCAACAGGUGGGAGGGUGUUCUCACUGGAAAGGGUGCUUCCUGGGGAGGCUCCUUGAUCCGCCCCGAGGCCACUGGUUACGGUCUCGUCUACUACGUCGACCACAUGAUCAACUACGCUACCGGUGGUAAGGAGUCCUUCGCUGGCAAGAGGGUCGCCAUCUCUGGUUCCGGCAACGUUGCCCAAUUCGCUGCCCUUAAGCUGAUCGAGCUUGGCGCUACCGUCGUCUCCCUUUCCGACUCCAAGGGUGCCUUGAUUGCUACCGAUGACAAGGGAUUCACCCCCGAGAUCGUCAACGAGAUCGCCGCCCUCAAGCUCCAGCACAAGGCCCUUACUGCCCUCGAGAACCACAACUUCCGCUAUGUCGAGGGUGCCCGCCCCUGGAAGGAGGUUGGCAAGGUCGACGUCGCUCUCCCUUCAGCGACCCAGAACGAGGUCUCCGGCGAGGAGGCUCAGGCCCUGAUCGACGCUGGCUGCAGGUUCAUCGCCGAGGGUUCCAACAUGGGUUCCACCCAGGAUGCCAUCGACAUCUUCGAGGCUCACCGUGUCUCCCAGAAGGGCAAUGCCAUCUGGUACGGACCCGGAAAGGCCGCCAACGCCGGUGGUGUCGCUGUCUCUGGUCUUGAGAUGGCUCAGAACUCCCAGCGCUUGAGCUGGACCUCCGAGGAGGUUGACGCCAAGCUCAAGGGCAUCAUGAAGAACAUCUUCGAGAACUCCCUCGAGACCGCCAAGACCUACGUCUCCCCCAAGGAGGGCGAGUUCCCAUCUCUCGUUGCUGGUGCCAACAUCGCCGGCUUCGUCAAGGUCGCCGCUGCCAUGAAGGACCAGGGUGACUGGUGGCCUUGAAUCAUUUAGCUGGUGCUAAAUGAACAGGCUGUCUCUCUUCUUUCCGAUACCUCAAUUUUUUACGAUACCUUUUUUUCUCCUCCAUGCGUCGUCGGCGAACGGGAUAUGGGGGUGUCAUGGGAAACUAGCGAGUUUCCUUCUUCAACGAUUUGUGCAUCUUGAGUCCAUUAGACGAGGAUGGUGCAAAAUG